AUGGUCACGGAUACCCUGGCCCAGACACUGGCAGAGACCAACUUGUCGGCAGUCUUCUCUGAGCCCAAUGCGAACAAGCGCCUAGCGGCUGCUCAGACCCUCUACCAUGCUCAUGUCAGAUUCUACGAACCCGGUGGCACAGAGAUAACUCAAGGCGGCGACACCGAUAUUGCAGGGCCAGAAGGAAUAUCAUCCCAGGCAGGAAAACUCCUCGACAAGACACCUGGAUGGAAGUUUGCACUCGCGGGACCAGUACAGAAGACUGGGGAUUUGGUGGUCGCUGAUUGGAAGUUUGGCCCUGUGGGAGAGGGUGGUGAGAUUGUGACAAAGCAGACUGGGACGGAUGUGUUUCUGGUCCGGGGAGAUAAGAUUGACCAAUUCUGGGUUAUAGUUGACGGAGUGAGUGAUGUCAAGGUGUGAAGCUGGCAGAGCCAGAGGGACGAGAGUGUCAAAUGAGAGGUGAAAAGGGUGAUUGUCCCUCCUC